AUGGUGGCUACCUCGUUCGCGCGUAUGCUCAAGGGCCAAGUCCGUUGCUACUCCGCACCCUUGGACAUGGCCAUCCCGGCGUCCAAGCAGCGCUACAUCCCCACGGCGGGCACCUAUCCUCAGGGUUUCCAGGUCUCCGGCACACACGUCGGCGUCAAGGCGUCCAACACCCGGUUCCCGGACCUGGCGCUGAUCGCCUCCGAGACGCCGUGCUCGGCCGCCGCUGUGUUCACGACCAACAAAUUCCAGGCUGCGCCAGUGCAGGUGAGCCGGGAGACGCUGCGGACUCGUCAGGGAAAGGGGAUCCGGGCGGUGGUGAUCAACUCUGGCUGCGCCAAUGCCGUAACUGGCAAGGGUGGGCUGGAGGAUGCGGUGCAGAUGGGCCAUAAGGUGGAUGAGUGCAGUGGAGUCGAGAAGAAUAGCUCCCUGGUUAUGAGCACGGGAGUGAUUGGGCAGCGACUGCCCAUCAGCAAGAUCAUCGACCGCAUCCCCACUGCCCACGCCAACCUCGCCUCAUCACACGAUGCCUGGCUGACCACAGCCCGGGCUAUCUGCACAACCGACACCUUCCCCAAGCUUCUCUCCCGAACCUUCACGCUUCCCUCAGCACCAGACCGCACCUACCGGCUAGCAGGCAUGACCAAAGGCGCGGGCAUGAUCCACCCGAACAUGGCAACGCUACUGGGCGUAGUCUGCACAGACGCCGCCGUCUCGCCCGAAGCGCUGCAAUCGCUCCUGAAGCACGCCGUAUCACGAUCCUUCAACUCGAUCUCGAUCGACGGCGACACCAGCACGAACGACACGAUUGCCGUGCUAGCCAAUGGCGCCGCCGGCGGCGAGACCGUGCAAGCGCCCUCCUCGUCUGCACCCGCCAGCGCCGACUACACCGCGCUGCAGACGGUGCUGACCGAUUUCGCGCAGCAGCUGUCGCAGCUGGUGGUGCGCGACGGCGAGGGCGCAACCAAGUUCGUGACCGUGCGCGUGCGCAACUCGCCGGACUACGAGUCCGCGCACCAGAUCGCGUCUACGAUUGCGCGCUCGCCGCUCGUGAAGACUGCUCUGUACGGCCGUGACGCUAACUGGGGCCGUAUCCUGUGCGCUGUUGGCUAUACGCAGGGUGUGCGUGACGGCACCGUCGUGCCUGAGCGCACUUCGGUGAGCUUCCGUCCUGUUGAUGGUAGCCCUAUCCUCAAGCUGUUGGUGAACGGAGAGCCUGAGACUGUGGAUGAGACUCGGGCUAGUGCGAUUCUGCAGAACGAGGACUUGGAGAUUGAAAUCGAUCUCGGUGGUGGAGACCAGGGUGCUGCUGGGUGUGACGGCGAGGAUGCAGUGUAUUGGUUCUGCGAUUUCAGUCACGAGUAUGUGACUAUCAACGGGGACUACCGGACUUAA